AUGGAUUCUUUCAUAGUGCGAGUAAGCAAGGGGAAGGAUAUUAUCCGGGCGGAUUGCUCUCCAGACAUGACUGUCAGCGCCCUGCGGCAGCAAGUGGAGUCAAAGGCGGGAAUGGUGGAUGGCGGACUCCGAUUACUCUACAAAGGAAAAUUCCUGAACGAUGCGUCAACGCUGGAGUCGGCGAAAGUGAUGUCAGGGGCGAAAAUGAUGGCGAUGGUGACAGCAAAGCAACGAGAAGCUGACCUGCAAGCUGAGAAAUCUGUGAAAAUAAGCCAGGAUAACGCUGCUCUUGACGCAAUGCGAGAACAGUCGGCUGAUGGAGAUUCUGCAUCUGCAUCAGCAUCAGCAUCAGCAUCAGCAUCAGCAUGUAAUGCUUCGCCCACCAAUCAAGAAGUUCGCGGUGAUGCUGCGAAAGCGGGACAGACGAAAGUUCUUCUCAAAAGGGGGAGAGAACGCUUCCGAGCAAACGUCGAAUUAAGUGCAACCGUUGGGGAGCUGAAGGUGCACGUAGCUGGUCUAGAUGGCAUGAAUGCUGCUGCGAGAGAUAUGAAGCUUCUUCAUAAAGGGCGGUUUUUAAUGGAUGAUAUGUCGUUGGCGGAGGCAGGUUUGCGCGAUGGAUCUAUGAUGAUGUUAAUGUUCGGAGCAAGAUAUCAUGACAAGAAGGACGCCGUCCAAGACAUGAAGGAGUUGGAGAAUGAGAUUACAGAGCUAGAAGGUAAAUUCAAGGGGGUUGCUUCGAAGGCAAAGGGAAGGCUUCUGGAUAGUACUGACCUUGCCCUCGCGAAGGGGCAAGUACUUGAGACUUACGAGCGAUUAAUAGAUAAUUUGCUUUCGAUUCGCACGGAAGCGGAGGCGAAAAAAGGUCUUGAACAUCGUUUGCGUCAGAUUCGUAUGGAGCUGGAAAGGUUAUAG